AUGAACCGACAAUUCGACAACGUCCUCCGCACGGUCAUGCUUCGGGAGGGCUGGACGGAAGACCAAGUCAACGCCGUCUCCUUGCGAGGGUUUGCCACGAAGGCGAUGGCCGAGCUGGCCCCCGAUGUGAGCGCCGCCCCGCUCGAAGUCCAGAGACAGGUGUACGCUAGGAACUGUGUCAACGAGCUACAGGCGAGGAUUGAUGCCACGAGGGAGGUUCAUGAGGCGAGGAUCAAUGCCUCCAAAGAGAGUCAUGAGGCCUCGGGCUGGGGGCGCCGGGGGGCCGGGGGGCCGGGGGGAGGGGGGAACCAGAAAAUGAAGUGUCAGAAACUGGUUUAG